CCCUGCCUGGAGAGGUAGUGAUGGGUGGAGAGAAUGAGGAUCAGAGGGGACGAAGACCGCGCGUCUGAGGGCUGGACCAAUGGAGAGUGGGAGCGGCACGUGCGCAGGGGAGGCUUGAAAAAGGAGAGAGAGCGCGCGGAUCUGUGCUGGAGGCUGGAGGCGCGCGGACGUCCUUCAGACCUCAGAUCGGCGGCGGGAGUUUCGGUUCAGACUUCGGCUUUUCGUUUUUCCACUUCUAAUAGAAGCAAACUGUCAGUCUGAGGAGAUAUUUAUCCGCGCACGCGCCUUUCUUUCUCGCGUAAAUGCGCAGUCUGUCGCAGUUGAUCAAAUACACCAAUUAGCUCAAUUCCGCGCAAAGUCCUGCCAUGUCCUCCGCAGAGACUCGGGCGCGUGACGCGCUCGCCACGGCACCGUUGCGCGCAGCCGUGCGCACAGCUGCGGGCUGCGCCCAGCCUGACCUCCGCGCGUCAUGCUGAGCGGACAGACCCUCCGCGGCCACGGCCCAAUGCGACUCGUCGACCCGAGGCACCUUCCGCAACUGAUGCCCCUGGAGGACCAUGAAGCCACCGUGGUGGAAGCGACCGCGGAACCGCGCAACUCCACGCCGACAGGGGCCGGGGGGGCCCCGGGUCAGCAGCAGCACCCCUUCCCCUGGGUGGUGACGGUGCUCGCCGGCGUGCUCAUCACGACCAUCGUGGUGGAUGUUAUCGGGAACCUCCUGGUCAUCGUGUCCGUCUUCAGGAACAGGAAACUCAGGAAAGCAGGAAACGCUUUUGUGGUGAGCCUGGCCCUCGCUGACUUGGUGGUCGCCAUCUACCCGUAUCCGCUGGUCCUGACCGCCAUCUUCCACGGCGGCUGGAUAGCGGGCUACAUCCACUGCCAGAUCAGCGGCUUCCUCAUGGGCCUCAGUGUCAUCGGCUCCAUCUUCAACAUCACGGGGAUCGCCAUCAACAGAUACUGCUACAUUUGCCACAACCUGAAAUACGACAAGCUCUUCUCCAACAGCAACACCAUGUGCUACGUCGUGCUCGUCUGGGCGCUCACCGUCCUCGCCAUCGUGCCCAACUGGUUCGUGGAGUCGCUGCAGUACGACCCCCGGGUGUACUCCUGCACCUUCGCGCAGUCGGUUAGCUCGUUGUAUACUAUCACUGUCGUCGUGGUGCACUUCAUACUGCCCAUCAGCAUCGUCACCUACUGCUACCUGCGCAUCUGGAUCCUAGUUAUCCAGGUGAGGCGAAGGGUCAAGCCGGACUCACGGCCCAAAAUCAAGCCGCACGAUCUACGCAACUUCCUCACCAUGUUUGUGGUGUUUGUACUGUUUGCUGUCUGCUGGGCGCCACUCAAUCUGAUUGGCCUGGCAGUGGCUCUGGACUCCAGACUGAGCCGGGCCAUACCCGAGUGGCUGUUCACGGCCAGCUACUUCAUGGCGUACUUCAACAGCUGCCUCAACGCCGUGAUCUACGGCGUCCUGAACCACAACUUUAGGAAGGAAUACAAGAGGAUAGUCCUGAUCAUCUGUAAGUUCCACUGCUGAGAUCAAGCAAAGAUGCCGCCGCCGCCAACGGGGGCUUGUUUUGUAAUUUUAAUGACAAGAAACAUUAAAAGCCAUGAGCAAAAAAAUAAUAAUAAUAACUUGACAGAAGGGAGAAAGUAGGACAUGAGGGGGAAAGAAAACAAACCCAUUUCGGAAAGAAGCUGGAACACAUUAGAGGAAAAAAAAAAGGAUCAGGCAAACUUUAAUGGCUGGAAGAGAAGUUGAGAUGAGGUCAAAUAAACGAUGCUACACGGGAAGUUCAGUGAUGCCUUCAGGGAAACCAGGAGACUUUAAAAAUGUAGAGAGCCUGGGAGAAACCAGUGUGGAAGCAGCUCUUGACUUAGUAAUACGUUUCCUCCAAAAAAAAAAAGAAAAGAAACUGCUUCUGUCUUCAAUUCAACCAGCUGCAUUCCUCGUGGUGAUGUUGGACGUGAAAAUGUUGUGAUCAUCUUCAUUUCGACUCCAUCCAGCCCUCCUUCAAAGCCGCUCCUCACAAAAUGGAAAAUAUUAAUGAAGUAGCACAAUUGCUUCAGAACACUCAGGUAUAAAAGUACAAAUACUUCAAUAUUAUAGUAAUGUUUUUAAGAAAAUCCAACUUUCUAUUCAGAAAAAAGCAAAUAUCUCUAAAGAUGAUUUACCUCAAUUAUUAGCUGUUAUCACAGAAAAGCAGAGAUAAAGACAUAAACGAGUCAUUUAUCACAGAAAGUAAUCCAGUUGUUUUAGGGAAAUGACAUUUAAAUAAGUUAAAAGGUUAUAUAACAAAUGUUUCACCAUCUUGUGUUUUAUUUUUUAAACUGUUUUUUUUAUUUUUACGUUUAUAACAAAAAGAAAGUCCAUUAAAUUAUGGCACAGAAGUAAAAAAACGUCAAACUAGAAAGGCAAAACCAUGACAGUAAUUUAGACUCUUUCCAUAUCAUCCAUGUAAAAAGUGGAUUUUAUGUUUUUAUCUUUGGAACUUCCCCUCCAAAAAGAAAAACAACAGAUGGAGAUUUUUGGAUGACAUGGUAACAGAAAACGGUAGAGCAGGUCGUCCAACAACCAAAGGGUUGGCGGAUCGAUCCUCGCUCUCCCCAACCAGCCGCCGCCCCCCGAGCACGACCAGCCCACAGCCCACCGCCCCCCCAGGGGAUGGGCCAAAUGCGGAUAAAGAAUUUCCCCAUUGAGGGAUAAAUAAAGUAUCAAUUAUUUAUUUUAGAAUAAGAAUUAUAACCCGACGUGCUUGUCUGGUUAUCAGAAUACGUAAAGUUGAUUUAAAGUCCCAACUGGAUCAUUGUACAUAAUAAUACAACAAAAUUAUAGCAGCCUUGGAGUGGUAUACUAUAAAUUUAAUCAAAAUAUAAACAAGUAACCAAUAAAAAUACGAGUAAUAAAAAAUAGAAUACAAUGGAGUGCAAUAAAGUGCAGCAUAAUAAAUAUUGUGUGGAGGUAGAUGAAAGUCAGUUAUUGCACACAUAGCCAUUUAAAAAAACUGCCGUUUUCUGGGACAUAGUUUCUGCAGAGCAGCAGGAGAAAUUCACCCCUGACUUGUUGAGACCAUCGGUGCGAAGCGCCUCCACCCCUCUUUAGAGCAGGCAGCUUGUUUUCUACAUCACAAACACAAGCCACAAUUUUUGAAUAAAGAAAUAAUCAGAAGUACAAUUUUAACUUUCAUUUUGUUUAUAUUUUCCCUCCACCGUCAGAAAAACACCAUUUUUCAUCUGAGUGGGUGUUUAACGGUCCAGCUCCGGUGUUUGUGAGAUUAUCCCUGUUUAAUACAAUCCUGCAGACAAAUCUGCAUCCUUCAAAUGGUUUGAAAAAGGAAAAUCCAAACACAUCCCUCUUGUAUCGUUAUGCCCAGAUCAAAACUCCAAAGACCAGGAUCCCCUAUUUCUUUUGGUUCUUACGUUAAACGCACUCUUUAGCAUUUGCAGUUCACCUCCAUGACUGAAAAGCGUCGGGGCAGAAGCUCACACCCUAAUCCAUCUGCAGAUCAGAGGACUUUUCCCAAAUUGUUACACAUCUCACGCUCUGCUGGAGCCAAAACCCCGACGACUCAAACGUUUCCAGAACUAAAGACGGCGAUAAUCCCAGCCGCAAGACUCAAACGCCACUUCUACCUCAUUAAAGGGACACGAGGAGAGGAACAUACUAGAUCUGAAAUGAUGAAGUGCACCCCAAAGCACAAUCUUUUAAUGCCACCGAAGUCAUCUUGUGUCCAAAAGCCGAGCAGACGGCGGGCUGCAGGAUCGCUACACGGUUAAUUAUGAAGAGACUUGGAUGGGAAACAGGAUUAUGAGCAUCAGAAAUAUCCAGCCUUUCACUGCAAUAAGGCACUUUCUGUGAAAAAAGAAAUCACAUUUCUAAUCACGACACACAAAAAAAAAACAACCCGGAAAUGAUUCCAGCUCAGUUAGAACCAACAAAGUCGCACACAUCUGCAUUAAAAAUAGAUUUUAGCUGCAGUGGUGACUCUGGAAUGGCAAUUUUCUUCAGAUAAAACCCUUUUGAACAUCCAAAAAGUUAAGAAUCAGCAGAAAAAGAAUUCAGAAUGUAUAUUUUUUUAAAUAAGAAACCGUUUUCGGACUACAGGGACAAAUGCAGGAACCACACACCAUCCAAAACCUCUUAGGUUCUUCUGUUGUCAGACACGGGUGUGUUUUUUACCAUAACUGACAUGUUUGGAUGCACGUCUUCCGUCUUUGUCAGAGUCGUUGCGACGACUCUGACAAAGACGGAAGACGUGCAUCCAAACAUGUCAGGAAUGUGAAAAAAACAACACCAGAAGUCAGUCAAAUGUAUCUUCCAGACUUAAUUAACCAGUUCUUCAAAAUCAUGUUAGGUCUGCUCGUCCGACAUCUAUCAGUCCCCAAAAUGACCAUUUCGGCUGAGAAUUUACAAUGAUUUCCAAAAGUCUGAGCGUUGUGGAUCUAACGGGUUUUUUCAGCUCAUCUACAGAAUCUACUCCAUUUCUAUUCAUCAGUUAACUGACGUUUAUGGAAAUGAGCAUCACGCAGAAACAUGUCAGGAGGGAUUGGAGGCUCGACGUCGGUCCAUGUCAGCAUAUGAGCACAAGAUUCAGUGCAGCUCAAACAGGAAAACAGUUUGAUUUGGUCAUUUAAAGCUUCAAAAACAGAAGUGGAGUUCUGCUUCCCAGAAGGAUUUGGGGCUUUUUUAUUAUUUAUUUAUUUUUGACGCUGGAGAAAAACCUGUCAGACAUCAAAUAGAAUCCUAAAAUGUCCACAUUUGUAUGUAUUUCUUUUUAUCUUUCCGACAGAAGAGGAUGUUUACUCUUCCUCGUUCAUGUCUCACUCAGAUCCAGUCAUACUAGAACUCCCAUCACGGUGUACUGGACAUUUCAGUCACUUCAGGACUGGAAAUAAACAUUGGUGUCCUACAUCACAUCAUCAUUCAUACUUUUUAUUUACUAUAUUAUAAUUCAGGAUGAUUUAGAUCACAAUACAUUAAAAGAGUUUGGCUUUUGGAGCCAAUUUCUCCAACUGGUGUUUUUAUUUUUUGGAGACGAGACACUUGAACUUUGAAGAGUUUCCCCCUGACAUGAAAACAUCCCGUACUUUUUUUAAAAACGCGUUUUUGCCGUGCAAAAGCAAUACCGACGCCGACCCAGACAUCCAGCACCAGCGGCCCGUGCUUCCCCCGAGCCCCCCUGAGCGAUGAGAUGUUCCAGGUCCCGUUCCGAGCCGGAUUCUGACCACAUCACUGUGUUUCACGGGUCUGCAGUGGCAGACGAAUGUCAUGAAUGUGCGAACAGGAGGGCUGUCCGUCUGCUUCCGUCCAGCGUUAAUGAGCUCUGUGUGCGGAUCCAGCUGCUCCGUCCCGGCUCAAAGGCCCUCUGAGGAAAAGCCGCCAGCCGCAGGGAGUCCUUCAUUUGCCUCAAACUGCCGUUGAUGAGAAAUGUAAGGGCAAAGCGAGUGUGACAUGCAUCCAAAAAGCAAUCAGAGAAACUCCCACUUUGUGUGGCUGCGGCUUGAUGGACUUCAGUGGUUGGUUGUUGCCUGAUGACGAUGGCGUCAGCGUUUCCAUUUAGCAAAUUAAAAUGCUAAUUCAGAAAGACCUGCAGGGUUCAUUUUUAAAAACAGCAUUUUGGAAAACUUCUCUCUUGAUGAGAAAAUAUGAAAUGAAGUGAAGAUGGAGGUAAUUAUCUCUAAUGAGCAUAAAGAGUGGAACCGUGAGCUGCUGGUCUCCAGAGGCUCGCUGAGGAAUUUAUGCUUCUGCUUUCAACCAUCGUGGUGACGUCAGACGUGAAAAUGUUGUGAUCUUUUUCAUUUCUCAUCCACCCAGCCCUCCUUCAAAGCCGUGACUCAGACUCUUUACUAAAUGGGAAAUAUUGAUCAAGUAAAAAAAAAUACUUCUUCAGAAAAGUCACUGAGGAAUGUUCUGUAGUUUACCUCCUUGGGAUUUCUGUUGUUUGUUUUUUUAAUGAAUGAACUUCUGAACAACUCUAAGCAAAAGGAAACGAUGAUGAAAUGAAAACAGGAAACAUUCCACUCAAAAAUCCCAACAUUUGUAAAGGUUGAGGCUUUCCCAGCAUCCGUGUUUUGAAGCUGGACGUUCAUCCAAACCGAGAGGUGGGGACGCAUCAACUGAUGCUGAACCCUUUAAAGACACCAACAGGUUCUUCAGCUAAAGCAGCUGUUUGCCUGGUCCUCUGUAACCAGAGCAGACCUCACAGGUCCAGUUUCCGUCCCCUUCGGGCUACAAUAUUUAGAAAAAAAAGAGCCUCUUCCUUCCUGCUUCCGGUCGUUGAGCUUAAACUCAGCUGAGACAGCCUCAUGGAUGAGUGAUAACAUUCAGCUUUUUGAGUCAAAGAAGUGAUUUUUCCUGAAAGAACAGAUUAUGACUCGUUGAAAUGAUGGAGCCACAUUUGUUGAGCAUCUUCUUCCCUGCUGGUUUUUUUUUUUUAUGCUUCUGUGCUUUAAAUUCCACAUCCAUGGGCGGCGCCUCCACCUUUAGGCUGGGGGCUCGUGUGUCAACAACAUUUGAAAUUCAGGGUCAAAAUGUGGAGAAGAUGAGGAGAUACAAGUAGCAUGUAAUGGUGGAGUAAGUAUGAUGGUGUGGGGCAGCAGCUCCCAUUUAGAAAAAAGAAUGAAGAACGUUUCCUGAUUGGAGGACGAGUUAGAACAUAAAAGGAGAUUUUGGUUGCAUCUUCCUGUCUUCAGAGGUUGGAUGGAGCUGCCAGCAGCCAUGACCUCAAUUUGAACAAUUAUGGGAUGGAUUUCUUAAUAUUCAUUUGCCCACAUGUGUUUUUCUUUACUUCUUGAGAAAAAUGUGCAUGCAUGUGUCGUCAAUAAGGGUGCACUGAGCGGUCUACCCCCCCCUGUCAUGAGGGUCACCUGCACGCCCCGUCCAGGUUGGAGCAGUUUCCACCUGCAGACAUCUCCUAUCCACCCGUACGGUCAGCUGGGACGGCGGCAUAAACCAAACACACCCGUGGCUACGCUUGAAGAUGAACCCAAACUGGGUUUGUUUCCCGUUUUCAAACGUUCAUCUGAAAAACUGCCCUGUCACACGACGAUACGAUUUAUUUAGUAAAAACAGAUUUUUCAUGAGAAACACGGCGUGGAUGUGAACUGAACUCCAUUUAAAGGGAAGUAAACUGGCUCUUCUCAUGAGGAACGUUCCCCACUUGAAGUCUAGAUUGCAGAACAGUUGGUAGAGAAUACGUUGAUGCAAAAUAUUUCCCAUUAAGUCUUUUGGCUUUUUACUUUAUCAAACAAAAAUGUGAAUUCCCGUAUUUCUACGCUCAUGACUGUAGCUGCUGUUGUUAGAGCGGCCUGAUAAGGAUGGUGAAGUUAAUUAGUCGACUAAGGCUUUAAAAAUACACAAUCAGCCUUUUUCCUUCUCAUUAUGCACUUCAAAAGAGCCAUUAUUUUCUUUUUAGUGCUUCAAAAUCAAUGCAACGACUCUUGUUGUUUGUGUGUUUGCAGCAGCUGAGAACUGCGUGUGUGCGAGAAUGUACCUGUUUUCUUGUCGCACGCCGCUUUGCAUAUCGCCGUGGAGAAUGUUUCAUGUGACCUUCUGUAGUGCCGAUGAUUCAAAGAGCCCUGGAAAACAUGUCUUAAUAAAGGAGAAGUCACUGUGA